AUGCAAACUAGGGCCCUGGCCUGGUCGCGUGGGGUGCGAGGGGAGCGCGGCGGGGGGCUGGGGGGGCGGAUAGAAAGCGGCUUGGGGAGGGCUUGGAGAGGGGCCACCUUCUGCAGUUGUCACCGCGGCAGCUCGGGGCGUUCGCCCAGACCACCCCCGCCUUCUCUUCCUGGCAACUUCUUUCAACAGCCCCCUCUCGGAUGGAGCCCCCCACCCCCAUCCCCCCCUCAGCUCUCCUCUCUCACGCCUCGUCUGUCCAGCGGGGCACAAAGAAAUCUCAGUCUCUCCAUAAACUUUGAGUUUCCAGUUAAUGCCGCCCCUCCCCUAGCCCCCACCCCGCCCUUCCAGCUCUGUUGGCAGGAAGGUUUAGGCCACUGGCAGAAUCCUCUUCGAGAGCCAGCUGAUCAGAAAUGCCAACUGUGUGUCUUGGGGCCAGUUAAGUCCCUCUCAUCUGCCCAGGCUCUCCGGAGACCGGUUCAUGGCUCUCAAGGUUCCCCGGAGACCAAUGCGGACACGGACCAUCCGUCCCCCACCCCCCCACCCCCCACCACCCCUCACUUGGCCCGCAAGGAUGAGAUGCUGA